AUGCGCCAAACAAUCGCAAAGCUGGCAUCUGCCUCGGCCGUGCAGAAUGGCCUACGGCCAAAGCCCAUGGCCCUUUUGCCUCCCAUUCCCCUUUACCGACGGCUUCUGCGUGCUCACCGAAAGUAUCUCCCGGCAGAGAUGAGGCUCCUCGGCGACCAGUAUAUCAAGGCCGAAUUCAGAGCUCAUCGCGACGUGGACAAUCCUGCGCAUCUGAUUGGCUUCCUCUCGGAGUGGCAGAUAUAUGCCCAGCAAAUCGAAGGCGAGUCCUGGGUUGGUGAAAAAAUUGACCAGGGCAAACUCCAAAAAUUGAGUGAUGAGCAAAUCCAGCAGUUGUAUGAGUUGAUGCAGGCCAUACAGAAGCAUCGCAACGGGGAAGAAACUGAAUAG